CAGAUCCACCCUCCAUCCUCCAUCAAUCUUCUACUGUCUCCCCCCGUCUCUCUCCCUUUAAGAGAAUCUGAACAAGCAGUAUCUCAUCUACGGAGAAAAAAGAACACCUCAUCGUGCCAAAAUGCUUAUCGAAGAAUCUCAUCGAGAUGUACCCACCGUAGCAGGGAAUGACAUGAGAAUAUUUCUAUUCCAUCCGACCAUCGCAAAUUAUCCUAAGGCCAAGUUUCCCGGUGUGGUGGUAUUCAGCGAAAUAUAUCAAGUGACCGGACCCGUCGCUCGAUUUUGCCGCCAAAUCGCAUCACAGGGCUACAUCGUCGCUGCACCUUCAAGCUACCAUGAGUUCACCGGCCCAGAACCCCUAGCCUAUGAUGGCCCAGGAACAGACAAGGGGAAUGAGUGGAAAGUUGCAAAGAAAGUCUCUGCCUACGACGAAGACGCCACCCUCUCCAUCGACCUCCUUUGUUCCCUCCCCACCUGCACUGGCCGCAUUGGCACGACGGGCAUGUGCUUAGGCGGUCACCUUGCCUUUCGCUGCGCUUUGGACCCGCGCAUCUUGGCAGCUGUGUGCUACUUUGCGACAGAUAUUCACUCCGCGACGUUGGGCGAGGGAAAGAAGGACGACAGCCUUGAACGUUGCGGCGAGAUCAAGGGAGAGUUGACGAUGAUCUUUGGAAAGAUGGAUACACAUGUUCCCCCGGCUGGACGUGAUUUAAUUAGGAAGACAUUGCAUGAGAAGGGGAUCAGGUUCACGUUUUUCGAGCCGGCUUGGGCGCAGCAUGCCUUCAUCCGCGAUGAGCUUUCCAAGGGCAGGUACGAUCCUGCCCUCUCGGGAAUCUGCUUCGAGAUGCUCAAAGAGUUAUUCAACCGUACGCUGCGUUCAGAUCUGGGCCCGAGGGAUGGAGGUGACGUCGAGGUUGAGGAUGUUUGUUAAGAAGAUGGGUUUUCCUGUGCACGAGACCUUCAGUUUCCGGCAAGUCUUCAGCGCAACAACUCAGCGCCACUGUCCAAGAUAAGAAUGGUUAGAAAAUGUCAUUCAAAGAAGGAACACUGGACCGACAGAUCUAAGCAUGUAGUGUGUGAC